UUUGGUUGGAUGGUUGAGAGAGAGGUUGCUCACUUGCCUAGAGAUGAUUAUCUCAUGAGAUUGAAGGGUGGAAUGCUCGAUAAGAGUUUGAGAACAAUCGCCUUUAAUUGGAUGGUUAAGGCUUGCGCCGCUUGCGAUUUUGGGGAACUAUGCUUCUAUCUAGCUUUGAGUAACUUUGAUCGAUUCCUAUCCAUGUCUGAAGUUUCUGUACACUCACCAAAUUUGGUAGAUGGAGAAUGGACAAUUCCAUUAGUUUCUGUCGCCUGCUUGUCAUUAGCAGCUAAGAUGGAGGAGGUUGAUGUUCCUUCUCCUAUUCAUUUACAGGCAGGGGAGCCCGUAUUCUUAUUCGAAGUAAAGACCAUACAAAAAAUGGAAUUGAUGGUCUCAAGCAAGCUUAACUGGAGGCUCAAAGCGUAUACGCCGUAUAGUUUCUUAGACUAUUUUCUGAGGAAGAUGUAUGGCGAAGAUUUCAUAAUGGGGCCUUCGAUUUCCCAAUCAAGCCAAAUCAUCUCAUGCAUGAUUGAAGGUAUUGACUUCUUGGAGUUUAAGCCAUCUGAAAUUGCUGCUGCUGUGGCCUUAUAUGUUCUGAAUGAAAGCCGGGCAAUGGACAUCGACAAAACACUGUCCAUUUUCUCACAACUAGACAAGGCAAGAGUGGUGAAAUGUCUUGAACUAGUUCAAGGAGUGGUGGCUGCUACUGCUACCACUGAUACUUCGACGAAUGCAGGUGUCGAUGAUUCGGUUUCAGGAUCACUUGUGGAUAGUCCCAUUGGGGUUUUGGAAGCAUCAGAAUGCUUGAGCUACUCAUGUGAUGAAAGCGAUGAAGACGAAACAGCAGCUGAAUUAUGUGUCUCUCAUGACCCUCCACAGUACAGUGGCCCGGAGGCUAAACGGAAGAAGCUGUAUCAAACUGCAACUGCAGAGGGUGAAGCUGGUGAUGAGAAAACCAUGGAGUCUUCGAUGUGAUGACUUUGGGGUUGGAAAGGCAGAGAGGUUUGUAGCUUUCUCAAAUUCAUACUGAUUUUAGAAAUUCGGACAGUGAUUGUGAUGGUUAUGAUAUGGGACUAUAAAUUCUAUAAUGGCAACCAAAGCAUGUCUGUUUUGUGUG